AUUUCCUCCUCGGCUGCACAUUCUUGGCAGCGCAGCCAUGGCUCCUUCCUCUCCCACGUCCCUGCGCGCUCCGCCUCACCUCACCGCCAUUGUGCUGCUCGCCGUCCUCCUCGCCGCAUCCUCCGCCGGAUCCGUCGCUACUGCGGUCGUGCGACCCCUCGGCGAUCCCAAGGUUCCCGUCGCCCUCGCGGCGGUCGAGACGCUUCUUCGCCAGGCGCAGUUCGACGUCGCCGUCGGCAACUACGACCGCGCCGCGCGACGCCUCUUCUCGCCCGUCGCCACAGUCUCCGUCCCGGGCCGCCCCCUGCAGCGCCUCGAAACCCUCGCGGAAAAGGCGGCGUUCUUAGAGUCGCUCGCACCUGCUCCGGCGCCCUCCCCCUCCGCCGCUGAUGCUUCCGCGGACGAGGCUCUUUCCGCGGACGGGCUUCCGCGCGGUCUGUCCCCGGUAGUAGCUGCCUCGUUGAUCGAGCGCGCCGAGCUGUACGUGCCCAAGUUCGACCGCUACUUGGGCUACUCGCUGCUCACGUACGGCCGCCUCCUGCAGGCAGACGCUCAGGCCGCCCAGCCACGGACGGGAAAGUUUGUCCUGUUGUGGGAUCUCGUCGCGGACAAUGGCACGGCUGAGGGGGGCGCUGACGUGGAAUCUGACGGGGCGGUGGGCAACUCCGUCUACGUGUGGGGGCUGAGCUGGGCGUUCUGGAACGACGACGCGCACAGGCACGACAUCGAGCAGCUGUCUCCCGCCAGGCCUCUGCCUUCCCUCCCCGAGCCUGAGCGCUCUCUCACCGAGCCUCUCGCCGAUCCUCACCCGGCCGACCUGAAGCUGCAGCUGCAGGAGGCUUGGGCGGCAUUCAGCCUCCACCUGGCGUCUGCUGACGUGGCAGCCGCUGCCAGCAUUUUCGCACAGAACGUGACCCUGUUGCCACCCGGCCAUCCGAAGAACAACCUGGCAGGUUCCCUGGAGCAGCAGGAGUUCCUGCAGGGAUUGGUGGACUGCCACGUGGCAUUAGACGUGACCGUUGAUUCUCUCCUCCUGGUGAAGCUGAAAUCCGCUCUGACGCCAAUCGUCCCACCGCCGCCCCCUGCACCGGAAGCUCUGCCCUUCCAGGAUGCUUCCUCUGCCAUGCUCCGUGGCAACAGUGCCACGGAUGUUCUGGAUAAUAACGAGGAGCUCAAUAACGGAGCGUCCAAUGGCAACCCUCUGACUGUGAUCACCCGCUCCUCCUUCAUCCUCACCAACAGCUCAACAGGCAAGCGCGUCAAGGUAGGGUCACUGCUGCAGAAGUGGACACGUGUCAAUCUGCCGGACCCCAAGACUGGAGCAGCACACGCGUCCCUGGGCUCUUCUCGCCACCGCUGGUUCUUUGAGUGGGCCAUCUGGAAUAUCCACAAUAUCCCAGCAAACAUCGCAGCUAUUUAGGGUUUCAGGCUUCGUGAAUCGCGAUUGUGGCCCCAAGUUAUCAGUUGAGUGCAACGGAAUCUGGUGCUAUGUUUUUUGAAAGAAUACGUUGGCCCCACGUUGUGAACUUUCUUAUAUUUCCAAAAGUUGUAUUU